AUGGACAUCAGAGAUACUCAAAAGGUCCUCUUGCCUGGUCCACCAUCUCCAGGCUCACGAAACCCGAAUGUGCCCAACUUCUCGAGGAUUCUAACAAUACGCGCUCAAGGCUCAAAUUCACCGGUCAAGAAGCAAAAGAAGCCCGCACCAGCAGUCAUGAGAAACCCAUCCAAGUUGUCAGGCGUGAAGAGAUGGGAUGCUCGAUCUCACAAGUCUGCUGAUUGGGACGGCCUUCGUCGUGAUGGUGACUGCCUUGUGCAUCUCUAUGGUCAAGGGAAAUCAAGGAGGGGUGCCUCUAUCAGAACAUCCUAUGCUCUAGUAGAGGCGACGGCAGGGGAAUCCUUCAUCAACACAUAUAUGGCUCUGGAUUCGAUCUCGAGUGGUGAAAGUCUUGAUGGCACAACACCAAGCACAUCAUCAACACACACUCAGUACGAACUGUACAUCCCCACACCCGAAGACGCCAUGCGGGAAGAGGCCUACCGCUGGCAUAUCACGACUCGUAAUUUCUUUGCCUACAUCACAAAGAAGCCACUGGUUGGAUCCAAAUUAGGGAGAACCUUCGUUGAUUUGAUGGAACGCAUUCAGCUGUUCUGUCCAGACAAGACUAGCAACAACCAGGAUUUCUUGUCAUAUGCUCAUCAACAAGGCUAUUCGAAAUUUGUCAACCGACCGGACUAUGCAUUGGCUUUCCUCAAUUUUGCCGAGGAGUUCAGAUUGAGAGAUCUUUGGAUUGAUGCCUUUGCUCAUUGUGUUGGCAUGAAUGAUCAACUGGACUUGAGCCCGGAGUUUAGUGAUGUGAGCAAAGUAACGAAAGCUUUGAUCACAAGAUCGUACCUGGAAAUGGACUUGCAUUUGGGCCGAGUAAGCAAAGCUCUGCGAAAUUUCUUGGAAGACGAGCUUGCUCCUACACACUUGGGACUACCGACGCCUGCCCGAAACCACUUAGAUCGUUUCCGCUCGUUCUUGCACUCUUACUAUGUCAACAAAUUCGGAUACUGGCCACCGGAAACUGGUCACGUAAUGGAUAAAGGCCUUCUACGAAGCAUGCACCAAGAAUUCCAGAUGCUCUACAGCUAUCUGGUAGACGGCGAAUCUUCACCAAGCAGACUGCUUACUGGAGGCAUCUGUGUGGUACAGAAUGUCAAUGCAUUCAACUUUCGCCAUAAAUAUGAGCCAUUGCCGCAUCCCUGCCCUCUUCUACCCGACUACCACAGCCUCGAAUACAGAACGUCGUCACAGAAGGGUCUUCGAUCACUCAGGUUGACUUCAAAACCCAGCAAGACGGAUCAAACCGUCACGGCACGCGCUGCACUAUCCACGGCCACAAACAAAAUCCCAUCUAGCUCAGCACUCGUUCGAAAUUACGUAUACUUCGAAGGUGAGCUGACCUUCAGGCCAGAGGAAAAGCUUUCGAUCGGAGAUGCGCGAAAGGUCAGAUGGAUUGCCAUCUACACCAUCUUACAAAUGCUCACCAAUGCGAUACGUGCCCCCAAAGAAGUGGUAGAAGCAGAUGCCGUGCCUUAUCACCUCUGCUUGUUGACUACAGGCAUGCCGCCAUGGACAGAGGACACGAAGGCUACUGUCCAAGUCUCGCAGGCGAGACCGAUCAAGACUGAUGGAGCGGGUGCUGAAGAGUCUGCAUUCACAAUCCACCCUGAUUGCGCUAUGAACCGAAAUAGUUCGAUCAAAAGUCUACACAGAAGUUUGACGUCCAACUUCUCCUUCCCAUCACGACGCACCUCUGUCAGAUCUCCGGCCACGUCGAACAACACUUCAAACAAUUCCGCUGAGCAGACCGCUUCUUCUGUCUCUGCCGAGUCACCUGCAAGCAAGCGCUUCUCCGGUUACUCGUUCGCGAUAAGCGAAGAAGAGUCUCUGGAUUACCUCAACCCUCAGCAGCCCGAGUCCACAUUGACAGUCCCAUUCCACCAUCUGCCUGAAGCUCGCACACCAACCCUCGACGCAUUCAUGUUAGACACUCUUGCGUCACCAGAAGGGCCUUCUACACCCUCAAGCUUCACAUCUUCCACCAUGUCGCCAACUUCAAGCAACAUGUGGGACAGCAGUCCCCACAGCGCGAGUAGCGACGAUAUGGACGCAUCAAGCUGGUACGACCGCCGCAACAGUGCAGGACUCUACAAUAUGGACCACGAGAGCGUCUGCAGCGACACCAACCGCAAGUCCAGCGGUUCUAGCUGUAGCUGCUCUGGCGCUAGUAGUCCUGCACCCAAUCUUUCGACCUUGACUGCGUCUUCUGCAGCAGCCGCAACCGCAAAGUUGCUCAAUUCUCAUUCUGGCCUGGGUUUGCAAUACCAGAACCAGCAGCAGACUGCUCAGAUGCCUGCUUGGUGGGGCGCGGCAAGACAACAAGGUCAACCUUUCGGAGUGUCUGUUCCUGAGGAGGUGCCCGAGCACGGCGUCAUGGCAUUCAGAACAUACAGUCACGAGUUCGUAGUCGAGAGAGGAGUGGAGAGCACAGUCGACAUUUUCGACGCCAUGCGCAUGUUGAACUGA